AUGAGUUUUGAUAUUGCAGCGUGCUUAACCGGCGCGAGCUGCGGCUCAGUACAUUUUAAGGUGAGCACGUUUAGUUUGGAGCGGAGUUAAAAACCGGACCGGACACCUCUGUGGUGAAGACAGCGGCCUCAGCGAGCUCCGUCCACGGCACAGAGUCCACCUCAGACAGGUGCAGCAAAGUCCGAAGGUUUGGUUGGAUUUAAAUGCACCCAGAAACGGAGAGAGUUGCUCGGACUUGGCUGUGUUUCAGACUCCGGUAAACCGACGAUGCUCCUCUCCUCUCCGGUUUACUGCUCAUAAAGUAAAACGGGAUCCAACAAAGAAGAAGUGUGAGGAGUUUGGCGGAUCUUUGCGCUCUGGUCAUGUUCGGCUGACUGACUGUCUCCACACGCUGCGCUCAGAGUAUAUUUCCACAUUUUUUUUUUUUUUUCUGUGGAUUUUAAAUGAAACCCGAGAAGUGGAGAAGUGACAGCUGAACCAGAGAGCGCAGCGGUGCCCGGAUCGACGCCUUUUUUUUUUCGCCCCCCUUCUUUUUUUCCCUCCUCCUCUCCAUAAUUUGCGCUAGGAAUUUCAUCUUUGAAUUCUUAAUUGGAGAAUGACUAAUCACACUGACAAUCCCUGCUGCUCUUUCUCCUCUGCUUCUUCUUCAUCCUAGUCUAUCCCCUUGUUUUUUUUUUAUAUAUCUUGGGUUGAGGUUGGCACGCAGGAUUCCUGCGUUUUAAAGCCAGGGCGCGCGUCAUCUCUCCACUGAUGCCCACUGAUUUAUGAUUUCUUUUUUUUUUUAGGGGAGGGGGGGGACAUUUAUCGGGUUUCUCGCAAGGACUUGGAUCCGUUUGAGUCACACUGGGUCUCUGUCCUUCCUUCAGUUAUCCAAUUUGGAGCAGGAUACUUUUAACUUUCUUCUCCCAUGUGGAAAAAAAUCCAAUCUUUUCCGGCUGGAGAAGAAGACGCGUGCCUUCUAGGUUCGUUGUAAAGACUGUAGCUGGACAAUAACAUUUUAUUUUUGAUUUUUUUUUGAAGACCUCCAUCGCACACACUGUCAAACACACACACACGCGCGCGCGCGCUCAAAUCCUCGUGCAGAUACAGAUCCAUUGCGCAUUAUUCAACUUAAGACCCCCUCGGAAGAACUGCAACAGCAUCGUGUGGAGGCUAACACCUGCAGAGAGGUUUAUUUAUCCACCAUCGGCUACUGGAAACAACUGGGAUUUAACAUCCGCCUGCUGGGAUUUCUACCAUGUCAGGUGUACGGGAUUGCAGAUGGACUCUCCUCAUCUGUGUUUCGGCGCUUUCAUAUGCUCUUGCAGGUAAAAUCUCUCCAACCAGCUCAGAUGCCCUCCUCAGUUCUUCAGCAAUGACAGCCAGUCCUUCGCCACCUAAUGUGUACCUUCCCGCCAACUUCAAAAUGUCCAAUGCACAGCUGGCUUUCUUUUUGCGGGAGGCUCAGAUCACAGGACAAACAGUUGGCGGCAGCGGUAAGAGCAGCAGUAGUCCCAGCACUGGUCACCCACUGCAGCGCUCUGAGAGUUUCGUGGUUUUCCAGACAAAAGACCUCCCUGCCAUCAACAUAAGCUUCGGGCCUUUUUCCCGGGACCAGGCCGUGUCCAAGGAGUUGCUCCAGCCAGCUAGUCCACUGGAUAUUCCCGGCCAGCUGACAGUCAACUGGAAGGUGCGAGCCUUUAUUGUCCAGGCACGGGUCUUCUCCAACAACCCCACGGUCCAGGUGUUUUUCUACAUCGCUGGCCGAGACUGGGAUGACUUCAAGGCUCAGGACAAGCUGCCCUGCGUCCGUCUGCACGCCUUCCGGGAUGUCCGUGAAAUCAAAACCUCCUGUCGUAUGAAAGGCAACCUGGCGCAAUGCUUGGCCCAGCUGGACCUGCCUCCAUCCUGGUUUAACACCAAUGUAGCCCCACUGGGUCGGAGGAAAGGCUCCAGCGACGGGCUCUUGGAUGGGCUAACAAGUGAGACCCUCCAGGCUGAGCUCUACUACACGCUUCAUGGGCCUAAUCUGGAUGGGGAGUGCAGUGAGGGCUCAGGUCACAGGGGUGCUGGUGUUUCCAGGGGAGAACCUCUGUCACAGCACCCCCUGCUGCGCAUUGGGAGCAUCAGCCUGUACCAGGCCAGUCAGGAGCAACUACUGAUAGACAAGCAGUUAGACAAGAACAUGUUCCUGAGGCUGCCCGAGAAGCCCCUGAAACCUGGAGAAACCCUCAAAAUCUUCCUCUACUUGAUGCCCAACUCCACUGUUGAACAGUUCAGCCUCAAGGUCAAAGCAAAGAAAGGGGUGAACCUGCUCCAGACUAAGUCGAAGAACGCCCAGUGGAAGGUGGACUGGGAGGUGCAGUCCGGCGCCAAGCAUUCCAUCACCACCAUCGAUGUGAACAAGAACAAAGCAGUCAAACAGGGGGAUGUGUUGGGCAACAUUGAAGUGAUGCAGUUAGAUUUCGAGAUGGAGAACUUCACCAGCCUCUCGGUCACCAGAAGGAUCAACUGGAACAUUGACUACAAAGGCCAGAACCCACCUCCAGAUUCAGAGAAAGUUGUGACGGAGUUGACGGUUGUGCAGCGGGAUAUUCAGGCCAUCAUUCCUCUGGCUAUGGACACUGAGAUUAUCAACACGGCCAUUCUGACCGGACGCACUGUGGCCAUUCCUGUCAAAAUGGUCUCCAUAGAGAUGAAUGGAGCAGUCACUGAUGUCUCAGCCUUUGUGCAGUGCAAGUCAUCCAAUGAGGACAUUGUUAAGGUGUCCAUGAAUUGCGACUAUGUGUUCGUCAAUGGGAAGGAGACACGGGGAUCCAUGAACGCAAGGGUCAUCUUCAGCUACGAGCACCUGAGCGCACCACUGGAGCUGACCGUCUGGGUGCCCAAACUUCCUCUGCAGGUGGAACUUUCUGACAACAAUCUCAGUUUCAUCAAAGGCUGGAGGGUUCCCAUUCUGCCCGACCGAAGGAGCACCAGAGACAGCGAUGCAGAUGACGAAGAUGAUGAGCGCCGGGUGAGUCGGGGCUGCACCCUGCAGUACCAGCGGGCUCUCGUCAAGGUGCUGACCCAGUUCCACACCACCUCUACAGAGGGCACCGACCAGGUCAUCACCAUGUUGGGGCCUGACUGGCAGGUGGAUGUCACAGACCUGGUUCAGGACUCCCUGAAGGUGGCCGACCCCAGGAUAGCUGAGUUGGUGGACAGAACGAUCUUGGUGGGUCUGGAGCUGGGAUCCAGUGUGCUAAAGGUGGAGUCUCCUUUGGCAGUGGAUGCAGUAUUGGGAGAGUCUGCGUUCUCUGUCACAGACGACAAGGUUUCCAUCACGGAGAUGCGUGUUCACGCCAUCUCAGGCCUGACCCUAUCACUGCAGCCCAGCCCUGGGAACAGCCACACCAUGGUGGCCAAGGCAGCUGGCAUCCAGACACUCACUGCUCCCAAACAGGAGGCCAGUUUGUCUGUCUGGAUGCUUUUCAGUGACAACACAGCCGCUACUCUGGCUUACUUUGAUCCCAAAGACUACAACAUCAAUGCCUCCACGCUGGAUGAUAAAGUUGUGUCAGUAUCCCAGGAGCCACAGCAGCGCUGGCCUGUGGUGGUGGCAGAAGGGGAGGGAUAUGGCGAGAUGGUGCGUGUAGAGAUGACCAUCUGUGAGGCCUGCCAGAAGACCAAACGCAAAAGCGUGAUUGCAUCUGCUGCAGUUUAUGUAAAGGUCCGCUUUGGCCCAGAGGAAGACUCAGAAGAAGAGGCAACUACAGAGGGUGAGAUUGAGCUGGCUCCUGCCACCAGGCGUCCAAUCAUUGAUCCGAACAUCAGUGGAAGAAUUUAUGAGACAUCUAAUGAGCAGCCUGCCAGUGUUCCCAUUGAUUACACCAAUUUCCCAACCAUUAGCAACCAGGAGCGGCCAACAGAGAGUGAUGAAGAGGAAGAAGAUGAAUUUGUGCAUUCACCUCGUAACAUGACUGACCUUGAGAUUGGCAUGUAUGCUCUACUGGGAGUCUUCUGUCUGGCCAUCUUAGUCUUUCUCAUCAACUGCAUCGUCUUUGUGCUUAAAUACCGACAUAAGCGAAUCCCGCCUGAGGGUCAGGCCAACAUGGACCAUUCCCACCACUGGGUGUUCCUGGGAAAUGGCCAGCCACUGAGGGCCCAGUGUGAUCUGUCACCACAGCAGGUAGAAAGUCCAAGUAACCCUUUGGAGGGUGUACAGACUUGCUGCCAUGGAGACCACCAUAGCAGUGGCAGUUCCCAGACUAGUGUUCAAAGCCAGGUACAUGGGCGGGGUGACGGCAGCUCUGGGGGCUCCACGAAAGAGAAUGGUGAGGAGGCCAGUUCACCCACCUCCAAGCGCAAGAGAGUCAAGUUUACCACAUUUACCACCCUACCCACAGAGGAGCUGCCCUACAACUCCAUUCCCAUAGCAGAUGAAGAGGACAUUCAGUGGGUUUGCCAGGAUAUGGGCUUUCAAGACCCAGAGGAACUGCAUGAUUACAUGCGCAGAAUAAAAGAAAUAGCCUGAGAUAAGCGGUGGAGUGUGAACCACCCCUCUCAGCUUUCUAAAGAAAUGUUCCUUUCUAUUUUUCUCUUUUUCACCUCAGUGAAACUUUUCACAGACUAAAAGGCCAACAGUUGUUUUGGUUUUAGGGUGUGUUCCAUUUAGUUUGCACAGUGCCGUAAUCUCAUACACGUUCAUACUGAAGAGAAUGCAAGGAAGCCAAAGACAUGACCAGAGGAUCUGUAUCACUGGAGAAAUCUGUAAAUCUUGGCUAUAGAAAAUAUGUUUCACUGGAAAGCUGAGGCAUGGCCAGAUGCGAGAGCUGCUCCGGCUCUCUUAUUUUUGGAUUUGAUUCUAGAAAAAACCUGAUAUGGACAGGAAUGUAGAAGACGUUUGGUACUGGAUGUGUUUUGGUGGCUCAGUGGGACUCCCAGUACUGUAACUACUCCAUACAAAGAGGCCUUUGAUGAACUAAAAACUGUCAAAGACUCUUAUGAAAGCUAUGUUAAAAAAUCAUUUUGUUUUUGCCAAAGUAGAAAAGGCGUUCUUUAAUGGCGAAACUUUCUUCAUUGUUGUUACUGGUGCAGCACACUCAUUAUUUGUACUCAUGUUCAUUCCAUACAUUUUUCUACAUUUCAUAGGUAGUCAAAAGCAGUGCCCUACUACUAGUCCUCCUGGUUCUGAACAAAUCUAUUGCCUUAUAAAAAUGGUCACAGUUCACUUCUUAUAUCAGCGCGGACACCCUGUUUUCUCACCAUGGCUAGAGACAGUGUAGUAAGAUGUAAAAUACUACAACUGAUCUCAAGCAUGAGGUAUAAAUAGAAAAGAGCUUGUGUAUUGUGAGGAUCUCUAACAUUCUUUGCAUGGAAGGGGAUCUUGAGGCACAAUCAGCAACUUUUUCCAAAUUUGUAAAUGUUUGUAUUGUAAUUAUAUAAUCAUUCAUACACAUUACUAAAGUGAGUAUGUUAUCAUGCAUUACACGCAUGCCAUGUCAGGCCUCCAUGUCAGGCCUACAUACACGCAGACAUUCCUCUCUCGUUUAUGUAUAUACCGUAUCGAGCCAGAGUCGCCUCCCGCACGAACGUUCAACAAGUUACUUACUCCAAGCUAGAAGAGUGGGAAGCCAGUUGAAAUCAUCAAAAUUUUAUAGUCUUGUGGUGAGUAGAAGGUUCCCCACAAUAAUGUCAUGACAGAACGGUAGCUUUUCAAUAAUGUUGUAUCACAUUUGACUGUUGAACAUGGGCAUUUGCUAUGCAUCAGAAUUGUAACAGCUCUAAUCUUACGAUUAUUUAUUUCAGCUGGCUUCCAGCAUUUGGGAAAAUAAAAUAAAAAAAGUAUAAAGUACUUGUCAGAAGUAUUCGCACUGGACACCUAAAGAUCCUCUAAACUCUGCAGAAAACUCCUACUGAAUGAAUUAUUGAUUUUGAAUCAUUUAAAUCAUGGCAAACCCAUGUUUUCAUGCUGUUUUUCAAAAACACACUCUGCUAUGUAUGUAGUCCCUAUUUUGUUUAAUCUAUUCCAGAGAACCGACAUCUGGGGAUCACAAAUUUGCUUCGUCUUAAAUGGAGAGGGCGAAAGACUAGUAGCUCUUACUGGUAAAGAUAUCUCUUGGGUUGCUACUGGCAGAUGUGUGGAUGCUGUGGACGUGGUUUUGACAUCAUGUAAAAGUAUCUCAGGAUGGCGAUUAGCUUCAUUGACAAAUCAAAGUGAUUGCGAACCGCACAGCCAUGGUGUUAUUUGCAGGUGUUGUUGUGCAGAAAGUGUUAAUUGCCGUGUUGGGCUUUUAAAGGUUUACUGUCUGCAGAAAGAGGAAUCAUCUGCCGGGUUUAGAAAGAGCAUAAAAUAUCUCAAGCGAGAUUUCAUCCAAAACGUUGCAAGAUAACCAGAAACGUGAUGAGUGACUGAGAGCAUGAUGACAGCAGUGCUAAUAGUAUUUUUAAUUGCAGUUGCCCUGUUAGCGUAGCAUAUGCUUUGUAGUACUAGAGUGGAUGACUGGAGAUGACUUUUGAAAGUUGAUGUUAUUUCAGCUCUGAUCUCACAUAAAACAAGUUCCAGGACUAAUGAAGCAAGCUAGUUUCUGUGUCAUUUUCUUUUAAUUCUGUACUGCAUCUAAGGGCUUGGAUUUUUCUUUUAUGUUAACUGACUGACUGAUUUUAGUGAUCCUAUGAGAAAAUUAAUGUUACUUGCUCCCUCUGUAGUGAUAAUGAAGAUAAGCUCCAACCUGUCACUCAAAAUGAUUUUUGUUGCCAUCCUAGUUGCUUUUCAACCUUUACGGCCUUAUUUAAGACCCAAUCCAGAAUUCUUCUCCUUGAGGCAGCGCUGUUAUACAAAAGCAGCUGACAAAAACAUUAAAUUAAAGAUUUAUGUUUACUUUUGUUCUCUGAGCUCCUUAUUCAUUGACUGACCUAUGUGACAGCUAAACACAAGUGUUAAAUGUGAUGAAAAUGGUACUGUAAAUACUGGAGCAACACAGAAUUUAAUUUUUCACUUAUCUGAAAGUUGCCAUGAGAUUAUUUCUGUCAGUAAACCAUACCAUGUAUAUAGACCUACAUUUGAUAUAUUCAUAAAUCCUGGAUUGGGACUUUAAGGAUUUGGCUUACUGCAUGCCCUCUCUUUGUUCAGUGUGUUUGAAAUGAAUAAUGACCUGAUUCUUGUUUGAUAACAUGCAUCUAUGUUAACAUCUAAAGAGAAGAUGAUUUUUUUUUUUUUUUGACAGUCCAAGCCCGUCCUUCAGCCACAGCAUCAACAUGAUUUUUCAUGAACUUAUGAGAAGCAGCAGCCAGCUGGAAGUGCUUCAGUUUUAUCUUUAUUAAAAUGAUGGUUUCUCAGGAUGAAUGUAGGAAUCUUAACUUAACCUGGCUGUUUAGUGUCACUGUGGUCAGCCCAAUCUGGUGACACUACUAUAAGAGAUUAAGUAUCUAAUAGCAGCUUUAAACACUGGUUUCAUAUGUUUUUUUAUGUUUGUUUGUUUUUUCAGAUUUACUCCCACAUUUAUGUAAAUAUAUUUCCCAUUACAUGACACUACUCAAUAACAUUUUAUUUUACACAUCACCCUACUUUUUGGUAAUGCUGCUUUGGUGACGGUGCACAUGUUGCUCAUUUUGUAUUUUCUUCAAGCUGCUAAUAGAAACUUCAUCUUACAACAUGUAAUUGAACAUCUUGAAUCAUAUCUUUUUACCCCCCCCCGCCCAAUGGAAAACUGUGCACGAUGUGCAACAGCUCAGUCAGCUGUGCCAACCGCCACAUUCACAAUAAUAUGUUAAUGUACAGAGCACUGUUAAAUUUCCUGUAUUCUCUUGAAAACAAACCCUUGUAUUUUCCUGUUAUAUGUAAAGUACUAAAGAAAAAUGCAAUACACAGAUGACAUUGUGUCAUUUUUACUUCAUC